GUCAUAUUCGAUAAUGUUUAGAGUUGUCUGGUCUUGCAGUCUAGGACGCUUCUCCAUGUUAGAUUUUUUCUCGAGAUCCAGUUGACGCAUAAAAAUGAAACUAAAACGAUUUCUUUUAAGAUACUACCCGCCAGGAAUUAUUUUGGAGUACGAACAGGGAGGAAAUUUGAAGACAAAAUCAAUAGAUUUAUUGGACCUAAAACCUGAAACUGAUAUAGAUGCUGUUGUAGAUGAAAUAGCAAGGAAAGAGCCACUAAUCACAGCCUCAAAGACGGACCAAGUUCGGAAACUGUUGGGGCGUCUACAAGAAAAACUUGCCAUCAAAGAUGAUCACCACUUUUAUUUAUUUAAAGUUUUACGUGCACAUAUCCUUCCAUUAACCAAUGUAGCCUUCAACAAAUCCGGAUCAAGUUUCAUCACAGGUAGCUAUGACAGAACAUGCAAGGUUUGGGACACAGCGUCUGGGGAGGAGUUACAUACCCUUGAGGGCCACCGCAAUGUCGUGUAUGCAAUAGCCUACAAUAACCCCUAUGGGGACAAGAUAGCCACUGGUUCUUUUGACAAGACGUGUAAACUGUGGAGUUUUGAGUCUGGCAAAUGUUACCACACAUUCCGAGGGCACACUGCUGAAAUAGUCUGUCUGAGUUUCAACCCUCCCAGCACUAUGAUAGCCACGGGCAGCAUGGACACUACAGCCAAGCUAUGGGACAUCCAGACUGGGCAGGAGGUCGCCUCCCUCAAUGGUCACUCUGCGGAAAUUAUCUCCCUUUCAUUCAACUCAACUGGUUCCCAGCUGAUUACCGGCUCCUUUGACCACACAGUCAUGGUCUGGGACGUAAGCAGUGGCAAGCGUAUCCACACACUGAUUGGACACAAGGCUGAGAUCAGUAGUGCCCAGUUCAACUAUGACUGCUCCUUGAUAGCCACAGGGUCCAUGGACAAGACCUGCAAGAUAUGGGAGACCAACCAUGGUACAUGUAUUGGGACGCUGCGAGGCCAUGAGGAUGAGGUGCUGGAUGUCUCGUUUGACAUGACGGGGCAGUACCUUCUCACUGCCUCUGCGGACGGCACUGCACGCUGCUACAAUGCCAACACCCAUACACUAGUGUCCAAGUUUGAGGGACAUGAGGGGGAAAUCUCUAAGAUUACGUUCAACCCUCAAGGCACCACUGUUCUGACGGCAAGCUCUGACAAGACGGCCCGUCUCUGGGACCCUGAGAGUGGGGAGUGCAAACAGAUCCUGGAGGGACACACAGACGAGAUCUUUAGCUGUGCUUUCAACUAUGAGGGGAACACCAUCAUCACUGGAAGUAAAGACAACACCUGCCGCAUCUGGAGAUGAGAAAGUGGAGAGAUAGGACAGUUCUUGAGUCGUUGUAAUGUUACCAUGGCAGCCUAGAGUGGUAACUGUUUGUGAAAUCAACUGUCUGAUUUGUGCAAACAUGCUUGUAGCCGCAGACAGAUGACACAAAAAACAACUUACAAAUCUCUUGUGUUAAGUUAUAAAAAGUCUAUAUCUGCAAACUUAUUCUUUAUUUAUUUUUGAACACUUUUUCCUAAGUUAUGCUUCAGGUUUAUGUUUUUCAAUAAUAAUUUAUCAAACAAAUAAAUAUUGAUAUGCAAUUUCAUUAUAUGAUGAAACUGUCUUUCGGUUCAUCGUUCACGUUUUUGCUCAAAGCAAACACAAAUCACUUUAAAGCUUAGGCAAACAAAAUAAAAACAUUUUGCCAUUAACAUAUGGAGUAUAAUGAUGUUUAGAUGGCCAUUUAACAAAAUAAUAAUAAGACUACAAAGAUAGGUGACAUUUUUUGUGGAGUUGAACAGUUCACCACAUAAAUAAAUAACUUGAAGUAUUGUAUGUAAAUCAUUGGUAUGAACUUGUUGUAACAUCUGAAUAUUUUUGCCUCGUUCUGGUUUAAUGCAUGUGCAUAGGGUGUAAUCCCUAAAUGCAUUAAGCCAGGUUUUCCCAGUGGGAGGCACAAACGUUCAGCAGUUACAGCAGUUUCACAUGGACAGAUGAUUACCAUUUAUUAAGUUACAAAGAAAUUUAUCAAAACAUUACUGAUGCAAACUUCAUCUAUGUAAAAAAUAAUGCCUUAAGGAGUGAUUUUGAUGAUGGAGCAUCAAGUUUUAGAAUGCAUUCCUUUUGAAUGUGAUUUAUUGACAUUUUGUUCUAUUGCUAUUUUGAAAACAAAUUGAGUCUCUUAUGAAUAAUAUGUUAAUUAUGUAUAAAUAGGUAUAUAUACUUUUGUGUAUAGUUAAACUUUUCAGAAUGUGCUUUUUGCUUUGACAUUCAACAUGCAUUAUUUUUUGCUUUUAGUUGUUUAUGAGCCUUGCUAUGUGAAAACUGGGCUUAAUUAAUGUGUGUAAAGUUUCUGCCCAGAUUAGCCUGUCAAGA